AUGGCUGCUGUCGACUCUAUGUCGAUGGCUUCGCGCCACCACCCGCACCAUCCUUACAACUGUCAGCAUGGCUGGGACCGCCGAGCCAGCUACAGCACCUUGGGCAGCAACAACCCGUAUGCCCGCUAUAUGUCGCCCACAUCUUCGGUGUACUGCCACUCGAAGCGGUCACUCUCAGAAUCGCUGCCCACCGUGCCCACCGUCUCGAUGGAGUCGCUUUGGUGGUCCGGCACCCCCGAGCACCAACCAGGGUACCCGGCGCUCCAACAAGAUAGCUCAGUGCCCCGCCGACGUCGAUCGCGCCAGUACUCGCGGAGCUCACAGUUGGUGAACCCAGACAUUAUCGACAAGCUGGACGAUGUGACAUCAUACUCGUAUCACCACGAGGGUCCAUACGAUGCAGUUUAUCCCGAGCGAAACCAAGUCAGCCAGCAAAGUCCGCUUGAAGCCGUGCGGGAAUCGAACGAAGAGGCUCUCCGAGCCACGCCGCGCGACAAGAUCAUUGAUUCUUUGCACAGCCACCGUCCUCUUGACGGCACCGCUUUCUUCCCUCCGGGGACAACCGAUCGAGAGGGGCAGACAUACCAAUAUGAGGAGGGCUCCAACAUGAUGAAUGAGUAUGGGAAUUUCAUGCGUCUUCCUGGACAGGUAUAUGAAGAUUAUUCCCGUCCCAUACUUGAAGAUUUGCCAUCUGACUUGACUCGCCAGAAAUUCACCGAUGAAGACUUUAAAGACGACCCGUUUUAUAACCGCCCCAUCUCCAAUCCGUUCACUGAACUGAAAAAGAAGCUGAGUUUGCGUCGCGGCAAGAAGCGCCGGGGUACCACUUAA